GAAGAAGAAAAAAAAGCCAUUUGAGAGAGUCCCUCUAGAUUUUAUUUAUAUAUUAUAAUUCUUAAAUCAUUUUCUUGCUGUCUCGUGAACUAUUAAAGUAAAAUCAAGAAAAGCUCCUGAGUACUGGAAAUAAAAAAAAGUAGAGAGAAGAAGGCACAAAAAAAAGAAAGAAGAAGACGACUUUAUCUUUUUCUGGUUUUUGUUGUUGUUCUUCUUUGACUUUAUGGCUUCUUUUGUGUUUAGAUUUAGGCUCUCCUAUAGAUCUGCUUAAAUCUCUGUGAUCUUGUCUCUAAUUCUUCUGUUUAUCCGUAAUUUCCGGAGGAUUUUAAGAGUUUUUUUUUUGUAAGAAGAAUCCCUGAUUCUCUUCUUUGCUUUUUUGCUGAGCUUCUGGUUUUGGUCGGCGAUAGAAGCUGAAGUUGAAGAGAUUUGUUAGAUUGGGUGUAAUUAAAAAGCUUCUGGGUUUUCAUCAGCUUGUCUCAAAGUGAGUGGAGUCUCUCAUCUCAGUGUAAAGCUCUUUAUUGGAUUUAGGCAUUUCUGGUUGUAAAGAGAGGUUUUUGGUCUUGUUGAGAAGAAUCUUUGAAAAGAGAAAGAGAGAAAUGUCGUUUAGGAGCAUUGUUCAAGAUUUGAGAGAUGGGUUUGGGAGCUUGUCAAGGAGGAGUUUUGAUUUCAGGCUUUCGAGUCUUCAUAAAGGGAAAUCUCAGGGCUCUUCGUUCCGUGAGUAUUCGUCUUCUCGUGAUCUCUUGUCGCCUGUGAUAGUUCAGACAAGCAGAUGGGCUAAUCUUCCUCCAGAGCUACUCUUUGAUGUGAUCAAAAGAUUAGAGGAGAGUGAGAGUAAUUGGCCUGCAAGAAAACAUGUCGUGGCUUGUGCUUCGGUUUGUCGGUCUUGGAGAGCUAUGUGCCAAGAGAUUGUUUUAUGUCCUGAAAUCUGUGGAAAGCUCACUUUCCCAGUUUCCCUCAAACAGCCAGGGCCGCGUGAUGCAAUGAUUCAGUGUUUCAUUAAAAGGGAUAAAUCAAAACUAACAUUUCACCUUUUUCUUUGUUUAAGUCCCGCUCUACUAGUGGAGAAUGGGAAAUUUCUUCUUUCGGCUAAAAGAACUCGUAGAACUACUCGGACCGAGUACAUUAUCUCCAUGGAUGCUGAUAAUAUCUCAAGAUCCAGCAACUCUUACCUUGGAAAACUCAGAUCAAACUUCCUUGGGACAAAGUUCUUGGUGUACGACACACAACCACCACCAAACACAUCUUCGAGUGCACUGAUCACUGAUCGAACAAGCAGGAGCAGAUUUCACUCCAGAAGAGUUUCUCCUAAAGUCCCAUCCGGCAGCUACAACAUUGCUCAAAUCACCUAUGAGCUCAAUGUGUUGGGCACACGCGGGCCACGGCGAAUGCACUGCAUCAUGAACUCCAUCCCAAUUUCAUCACUUGAACCAGGCGGUUCGGUCCCUAACCAACCCGAUAAACUAAUCCCGGCUCCAUACUCUCUCGAUGAAUCAUUCCGCAGUAACAUCUCCUUUUCCAAAUCGUCAUUCGACCACCGCUCCCUCGAUUUCAACAGUUCAAGAUUCUCUGAAAUCGGAAUAUCCUGCGAAGACAACGAAGAAGAAGCAAGUUUCAGACCAUUGAUAUUAAAGAACAAGCAGCCGAGGUGGCACGAGCAGUUACAAUGCUGGUGUUUGAAUUUCCGCGGACGAGUGACAGUUGCAUCGGUAAAGAAUUUCCAGCUUGUAGCAGCAAGACAGCCGCAGCCUCAAGGAACAGGCGGGGCAGCGGCUGCUCCCCCUCACCCGGAGCAAGACAAGGUGAUUCUCCAGUUUGGUAAAGUGGGUAAAGAUAUGUUCACAAUGGAUUAUAGGUAUCCAUUGUCGGCGUUUCAGGCGUUUGCAAUUUGCUUAAGCAGCUUUGACACCAAGCUCGCUUGUGAAUAGAAGAAACCACUCAUCUACCUUCACAAUUCAUGCUAAUCCCUUGUCUUUCUCUUUUAUCUAUAUGCUUUUGGUUUUUUUUUUUUGGCAGAUCCAAAAUAUUGUCUCAAUACUCAGUUACUACUGUGAGAGUCAGACGUCUACUAUUAACCCUCUUCUCUAUUCGAAAAUCAAUUGAACAUUUAAUGAGUAGACUCUUUACUUAA